AUGUGGAUGCUGGUGUUUGUCUUGUUGGCCAUUACUAUUACUAGUGUGGAAGGGAGAAUUCGAGGCGUGCGAAAGUCAGUAAAGUCAGGCAAGGCGCAAGAAGGUCGAGAUCUCCAGGGACUUCCGGUACUAGUCGGAUUUGGAGGAGAACCAGAUCCAGCUCGGUUUCCGCUUGGCUUGUGUCAGGGAGAUUGUGAUUAUGAUUGGCACUGUGAUGAAGGACUCGUGUGUUUUCAACGCAAUAAAAAUGAUGUUGUGCCCGGGUGUCGCGGCGGAGAGACCUUCGAUGCCGACACCGACUUUUGUGUUCCCGCAACUCCCACAACUCAGGCACCAUCUCUGCCUCCUGUGGCCAGUGCCUUUGAGGCUCCUACCACUGCUCCCACCUUUGCUCCCACCUUUGCAGACACUGACACUGACACUGAAACUGCUGCUCCCACAUUCACUCCCACUGUUCCAGACACUCAGUCACCAACUCAGUCACCAACCCAAGGGCCCACAGUGGCUCCUACUGAUGUUCCUACUGGUGGCACUGAUGAUCCCACAGCCAGUCCUUCACAGACACCAACAGAAUCACCAUCCAUUCAGCCAUCCACUACUCCAUCAGAAUCACCAUCCCAAGCGCCUACCUAUCUAUACCUAGAUCUUAACAUCACCCAUGGAUACUUGCCACCUCUCGUCUUUGUGGGAGAUCAAGUUUUUGUCAAUCUCAGGCCACUCGGACUUUGUAGAGGUGAUUGUGAUGCUGACCAGGAUUGUAUUGAUGAACUCGUCUGCUUUCAACGAGACCUUCUCGAGCCGGUCCCCGGAUGCUCAGGAGAGGGAUUGGCAAGCAUUGAUUAUUGCGUCAAACCCUACAGCUUCAACGCCUCAGACAUGACCGACCCACCCUCAAACACCAUGGUGCCAACCACGCCACAGGUUACCACCCCACCAGCGGAAACUAACCCACCCGUGCAAGAGGAUCCUAACUUGCCUAAACUAGAAACUAUCGGAGACAAUCCCACCAUGGCAUUGGGACUCUGUCAAGGUGAUUGUGACACUGACGAAGACUGUCUUGAUGAACUCUUAUGCUAUCAGAGAGACUACCAAGAAAUGGUACCUGGAUGCUCUGGCCGGGGAGAGACCAGUUACGACUACUGUGUAUCUCCACUCGGGGGAAGUUACGGGUUCGCCGUGGGAGAAGUCGUGGCAUGUACAUUGGACGUACUCUCGUGUCCCGACGGAACCACCCUAUCCAGGGUUCCUCCGGCUUGCGCGUUCCCAGAAUGCCCUGAAGUGGAGGAAGUCGUUUGUUCCAUGGAUAUGCGAACCUGUCCGGAUGGUUCCUUCGUAGGAAGGACUGCACCUGACUGCCAAUUCGAUGAGUGUCCCAAUGACGCAGUUGCAUGCACCAUGGAAGUCAUUCAGUGUGAAGAUGGAAGCUUUGUUGGAAGGACUGGACCCGACUGUGACUUUGACAUUUGCCCAGAGACUGUACCGAUACAAUGUGGCACGGAAAUGUUCUCUUGUCCUGACGGAACUCUCGUGGGCCGAAGUGAACCUGAUUGCGCUUUUGAUCCUUGUCCAGGAGGCGCCGUCAUCAUUGUCAGUGGAGAAGACGAACUGACAAACACGUUGACCAUCUCAGUGGUACAGAUUGUAUUGGGUUCCACUAUCCAUACAACGUUGGUUUCACUCAUCGCUCAGGCGAUCCUCGUGGGUACACUCAACAACGAAGGCCCGUUCACUCUGUUUGCACCCACCGACACGGCUUUCAUUCUCAAUGGCAUUGACGACAAGUACACGACAGCAGAUUACAGCCAACACUUGAUGAACAUUCUCACCUACCACGUGGCCUACGGAAAGAUUACAUCCAGCGACCUGACGUUGGGGCCAAUCAUGAUGUUAAAUGGAGAGGAGGCGCAAAUUACAAGUCUGUCACCACCCAUGAUCAACGAUGCCCAUAUUGUGACACCUUUUGACAUUGAAGGCAAUAAUGGAGUUAUUCAUUCUCUCGAUUCAGUUCUGAAACCAUCUUGCGUCACUGACAGCAUCGUUGACAUUGUUUCGCAAGACCAAUCAUUCAGUAUCUUGUACACCAUGAUCACGGCAGCGGACUUGAUCGGCACGCUCCAAGAUCAGGGCUCGACAUUUACACUCUUUGCGCCCACAAAUGACGCAUUUGGAAUGCUUUCAGCUGAUACUGUUUCGUACUUGACGUCUCCAGAAGGAAAAGCCGAGCUCGUGGAGAUUUUGCUCUACCACGUGACUGUUGGAAACCUGUACGAAUCGACGUUGGAUGAAGGCGACAUUUUGAUGGUUUCUGGUGACACUGCGACAAUCAUGUUGGGACCUCCAAUCAUGAUCAAUGAUGCGAUUGUGUCUGGAGACCAAAUCUUGGCAUCCAAUGGAGUGAUCUAUCCCAUCAACAAUGUCAUUUUGCCGCCCGAGGAACCCGGCGACAAUCCGCUGGAAGAAGACGUCACGACUCCUCCAGUGACAACCGUACCGGUAACGGCGGCUCCAGUAACGGCCCAACCUGUCUCUGCUGCCCCAGUCACAGCUGCGCCCAUCACGGCACCUCCGGUUUCAGCGGCUCCAAUUACAGCUCCUCCAGUCACGGCGGCCCCUGUGACGGGAGUUCCAUUGACGGCGGCGCCUGUGACUCCCAUUCCAGCUCCAAUGCCGACACUUCCUCCUGCAUCUACCACGUAUCCUCCGGCAGUGGUUGUGGUGGUUGUUGGAGCCCAAGAGGCACCUGGUUACACGGAAGAGCGUCCGCAGUUGAUGGUGAUGGAUAGCAAGGACGAAAAGAACAAUAAUGGCGGCAAUGGCGGGCUGGGUCUGUGUCAAGGAAGCUGCAAGAAGAAUUCUGAUUGUGCUCCGGGUCUGUUUUGUUUCUCUACGGAUAGCGAAGAUGAUAUUACCGAGAUUCCAGGAUGCUCGGGAAGGCCGGACAUCGGCGAAGAUUACUGUAUUCGCUUGCCAAAUUAA